UCGGUGUUUCACCGGCGCGUCAACACUCUCGCGACGAUGAGAACGGGCGGUAUGCUGGACGGCCGGGAGUUUGGCAAGCGCGUACGUCGCCUCCUAGACGGCAAUUAUUCGUAUCGUAAAAUCCUCCUGAUCAUUCUCGUUUGCGGCGGUCUUUUGCUAUACUUUGGUCCAUCCUUCGCACAGUGGCUCUUCUCCUCCGCUAGAGAACCUAUACAAGCAUUUGAAGAUCAUUGCAUGAAUGAGAGAUUGGCUAGUUUCUACUUUGAUGCUGUUGAAUAUAAUGCAAAUAUUCUACACAAUCCUCCUAAGGAGAAUGAACAUUCUUAUCUGCCAUACAUUGGUAAUGGUGUUUUUGGAGUUCCCGUUUCUCCAGAAGCCUGGCUGUAUAUUAAACAUGGAAGAGCACUUUUGCUGCCUGUACAGUGGCAACCAUUGAUCUCACAUCCUGUACCUAAAGAUAGCUCUUAUCGAGAAGCAACCAUUAUUCAUUUUACAAAUGGGAUUGUUUACAAGUACCAGUGCCUUAGAGAGGGAUACCACAUAGAAUUUCAAUAUUACGCUCAUAGAAGUCUCGAUGGGAUUUUGGUACAGACUGUAAAACUUUCCAAUCCAUUUUCUCUCUCUCAAGAAAUACCAUUGAAGCCACAAGAAUCCGUUCAUUGGAGUAAUUCUCACAUAGAGCCCAUCAGAAUUCAGGUCGAUGGACUUAAUCAUGAUUACUCUUUCGUGUCUGGAUUCGUAUCCGCGCCCAACUCCAACAAGAUAAUAGUUGUAUCGAUUAUUUACAAGGUUCCGCCUAAAACGAUACAAGUGAAAUCACACAGUUCCGUCAAGUUGGAAUUCCUGUCGAGCAUUCAAUACAGCGAGCCAAUUUUGUCCGAACAGUAUCACGUGGAACGCGAUGCAACUAAAAAGAGAGCUAUCGAUUUGUUGAGAAAGGCGAUUGCGCGCCAGCAACGAAAUCUAAGAGAGGAGCAUGUAAAUCUUUGGCAAAGUUAUUGGUACACGAGUCUGAAAAUAAGCGAUUCCAAGGCCGAUGGUGCUAUCAACGGUCACAAGAUUAAUUCUACCAUGUAUUACGUAUUGUCUCAGGUUCCACGGAGUAUUUACAACGUCGAGAAAAAUGUUGCUAUGAAUGAAGGUUGCUAUCGGGGUCAUCAUACCUUAGAUGCUCCUCGCUUGUGGAAAGAUACCUCGACCAUUGACGCCGUCAACGAGAUAGUCGAGGCAUGGUUGAUAACAUUAGAAAAGCAAGGUUGCCAUCAUUUAGUGACCGGAGGUCCCACAGCUGUACAACAAGCGAUCGUGCUGAGUCUUGGUAGUUUGAGAUUUAGUAAUCAACAUCUUGAAUUUAAUAUCGAUCCUCAGUAUCUUCAUCGCGAUUAUUUGUUCAGACGUAUAAGUUAUGGAAAUUUAACGCAUGUAAAUAUAUCGGUAACAGUUGGCGAGGAUAAUCGCGCGAUAUUAGGAGUAGCUUUGGAUAAAAGUGAUAGUGUUUAUUUCGGAUGUGAUGCUGGUUGUUUAGACGCACCAGUUUCUCUCGACCAGACUUAUACAAAUUUUCCCGUAAAGUUGACGAAACCACUAACCGCGAUACUUUACAUAACAUCCGAUCAUCAGCACAUGCAAGAGCUUCGUAAUGCUUUGCACGUGCAUGAAGUGGAUGAUGCACCGGCACACGAUCAUCAAGUGAUGGCUUUGCAUAAGCAUGGACAUCAACUCGGAGGUUUGCCCACAUUAUUCUGGGUUAGCAUAUGUUUUCUGAUAAUUGUGUUCCAUUUGUUUCUAUGUAAAUUAAUUUGUAACGAAUAUUACGGUCAUCAGGAUCGGCAAAGAGUUCGAUAUAAUAAACCGUGAUAUAAUUGUACAUAA